GCUCGCGGCGGCCGGAAGUGGCGCGUGCCGGGGGCGGUGCCGUGGGUCGCGUGGCGCGGGAAUGGAGGCGCAGCAGGAGGUGCCGUGGGAGGUGGUGGAGAAGCUGGCGAACCUGGCCGUGGGGCCCGGCGAGCAGCGGGCGGCCGACCAGGAGAAGGUGCCGGGCCCUUUGGAGGGCGGUGGGGAAGCCCAGGCCCCUCUGCCCCUAGCGCCCGGUGUCGCUGCACCCGCUUCGCCCAGCGCGACCGAUGUCACUUCUCCCGGUGUCGCUGUGCCCCCUGAGCCCGCGGUGGCCGUGCCCUCCGAGCCCCUGGUCGCCGUGCCCCCCGAGCCCGCGGUCGCUGUGCCCCUUGAGCCCGGUGCCACCGUGCCCCUUGAGCCCGCGGUCGCCGUGCCCCUUGAGCCCGGUGCCACCGUGACCCCCGAGCCCGGUGCCAUCGUGCCCCCUCCUGAGCCCGCGUUCGCCUUGCUCCCCGAGCCCCUGGUCGCCAUGCACCUUGAGCCCGCGGUCGCUGUGCCCCCUGAGCCCGGUGCCAUCGUGCACCUUGACCCCGCGGUCGCCGUGGCUCCUGAGCCUGGUACCGCCGUGCCCCCCAAGGCCGCGGUGGCCGUGCCCUCCGAGCCCGCACUCGCCUUGCCCCCCGAGUCCCUGGUUGCCAUGCACCUUGACCCCGGUGUCGCCGUGCCCCCCGAGCCCGUGGUCGCCAUGCACCUUGACCCCGGUGUCGCCGUGUCCCCCGAGCCCCUGGUCGACGUGCACCUUGAGCCCGCGGUCGCCGUGCCCCCCGAGCCCGGUGCCACCGUGCCCCCUGAGCCCGGUGCCAUCGUGCCCCCUGAGCCCGCGGUCGCUGUGCCCCCUGAGCCCGGUGCCAUCGUGCCCCCCGAGCCCGCGGUCGCUGUGCCCCCUGAGCCCGGUGCCAUCGUGCCCCCCGAGCCCACGGUCGCUGUGUCCCCUAAGCCCGGUGCCACCGUGCACCUUGAGCCCGCGGUCGCCGUGGCUCCUGAGCCUGGUACCGCCGUGCCCCCUGAGCCCGCGGUGGCCCUGCCCCCCGAGUCCCUGGUUGCCAUGCACCUUGAGCCCGGUGUCGCCGUGCCCCCUGAGCCCGGUGCCAUCGUGCCCCCCGAGCCCCUGGUCGCCAUGCACCUUGACCCCGGUGUCGCCGUGUCCCCCGAGCCCCUGGUCGACAUGCACCCUGAGCCCGCGGUCGCCGUGCCCCCCGAGCCCGGUGCCACCGUGACCCCCGAGCCCGGUGCCAUCGUGCCUCCCGAGCCCACGGUCGCUGUGUCCCCUAAGCCCGGUGCCACCGUGCACCCUGAGCCCGCGGUCGCUGUGCCCCCUGAGACCCUGGUCGACAUGCACCUUGACCCCGCGGUCGCCGUGCCCCCCGAGCCUGCGUUCGCCUUGUCCCCCGAGCCCGCGUUCGCCUUGUCCCCCGAGCCCCUGGUCGACAUGCCCCUUGAGCCCGCGGUCGCUGUGCCCCCUGAGCCCGGUGCCGUCGUGCCCCCCGAGCCCGGUGCCACCGUGCACCUUGAGCCCGCGAUCGCCGUGCCACCCGAGCCCGGUACCACCGUGCCCGCUGCGCCCGCCGUUGCUGUGCCCCCUGAGCCCGGUACCGCCGAGCCCGCCGUUGCUGUGCCCGCUGCCGCCGUGCCCUCGUCGGACUCGGACAGUGAUUCAGAUUCAGAUAGUUCAUCAACUACAUUCUCCUCUUCGUCUUCAGCAGUAUCUGAUGAAGAUGAUCAUCCAAAUGAAAAGGAUAACAGAUCUUACUGUAUUAGGACAAAGGAUGAGUUGCCUAUUGAGGAACUGCCUCCUGUUGAAGACUUAUCGAUAAUUCUUCCAGAUAAUGUUGAACUGAAGGUGUUUGGAACAGUUUCCAGCAUCAUUGAGCAGCUAGUAAUAAUUGAAUCACUGAAAGGCCUACCUCCAGUAAAUGAGGAAAGCAUAAUUUUUAAAGAAGAUAGGCAAGCAGCAGGAAAGAUAUUUGAGAUAUUUGGUCCUGUUUCACAUCCUUUUUAUGUGAUAAGAUUUAACAACUCUCAGCAUAUCAAAGAGAAAGGUAUUAAUGUGCAAGAUAGCAUGUAUUUUGCUCCAUCAGUGGAGGACUUCACCCAGUAUAUAUUUGCAGAGAAACUAAAACAGGAAAAGGGUUCAGAUGCAUCUUGGAAGAAUGACCAAGAACCACCACCUGAAGUUUUGGAUUUUAGUGAUGAUGAAAAAGAAAGAGAGGCAAAAGAGAAGAAAAAGAAGCAUCAAAGUCGGGGAAGAAAGAAAGCCAGAUCAGAAACAUUUCCAUCAAGUGAGAAUAAUGAACAUCUUCAGUCAGUGCAACGGCCUGCUUCAAGUUACUCAAGGGGAUACUAUGGCAGAGGGUUCUCCUUCACCAGGGAUCUAUUUCCUCCUCCAUCAGGCCCUCGAGGGUUUUUCAGACCAAAUGUAAGACCACCACAACUAUACUUUUCAGACAGGAGGAUAUACCAGGAAUCACCAGUGUUUCCACCACCUCCUAGAAGAGAAAAUCCAAUGACCCAACAGUAUGCCUUUCCUCCUCCGGAUUUUGGUUAUGUCAGUGAUGCACAUCACUUCUACCCUCUGCCUCCAAACGUGAAUAUGAUGUGGGGAGGCCCAAACACGUACAAUUCGUGCUACUCAUUUCUGCCACCGCCACCACCACCACCACCACCGCCACCACCUCCUCCUCUAGACAGCCAUCCUCACUUCAGGCAUUACUGAGAUUCCUUCCAUGUCCAUGUGGAGUGCUGCAGUUAACAGGGGAAAGAACAGCCUGCCAGGACUGCAUUCCCUUAGUGUGGAGAUGCUUUCUUUUACUGCAGCUGUAGAACAAAUGCAGAGUAUUGUGCUUUGUAGGACAUCCAUAGAAAAUUAUUAUUUUCUACAUAUGUUUUCUGUUUCCAAGAAGAAAUUUAUAUGGUAAAAGUAACUGAAUAUUAAGUAAUGGUUUAUUUUUAUAGAACCUUCUACUUUAAGAUGAUAAAUAAAAGCCCUUUGGAGACUGG